CGGACGGCGCCACGCCCCUUGCGCAGGACGCCGAGAAGAAGGGGGUGGCUCCGCAUUAGCGUCCGCGCCAUCAGGCAGACCCGAGGUGGCAGCCAGGUCCUUUCUUAACAGUAUAUGGUUUUCCCCGCCAAGCGGUUGUGUUUGGUGCCAUCCAUGGAGGGCGUCCGCUGGGCCUUUUCCUGUGGCACCUGGCUGCCCAGUCGAGCCGACUGGCUGCUCGCGGUGCGGUCGAUCCAGCCCGAGGAGAAGGAGCGCAUCGGCCAGUUCGUCUUUGCCCGGGACGCUAAGGCAGCCAUGGCUGGUCGUCUGAUGAUAAGAAAAUUAGUUGCCGAGAAAUUGAAUAUCCCUUGGAAUCACAUUCGUUUACAAAGAACUGCAAAAGGAAAGCCCGUUCUGGCCAAGGACUCAUCGAAUCCUUAUCCCAAUUUCAACUUUAAUGUCUCUCAUCAAGGAGACUUUGCGGUGCUGGCUGCGGAGCCUGAGCUGCAAGUGGGAGUUGAUGUCAUGAAAACAAGUUUUCCCGGUCGUGGUUCAAUUCCUGAAUUCUUUCAUAUUAUGAAAAGGAAGUUUACAAACAAAGAAUGGGAAACAAUCAGAAGCUUUAAAGAUGAAUGGACUCAGCUGGAUAUGUUUUAUAGGAAUUGGGCAUUGAAAGAAAGCUACAUAAAAGCCAUUGGUGUUGGACUGGGAUUCGAAUUACAACGUCUUGAAUUUGAAAUAUCUCCAUUAAACUUGGAGAUAGGCCAAGUUUAUAAAGAAACACGUUUGUUCCUGGAUGGUGAGGAAGAAAAAGAAUGGGCAUUUGAGGAGAGCAAAAUAGAUGAGCACCACUUUGUUGCAGUGGCUCUUAGGAAACCCGAUGGAGCCAGACAUCAGGAUGUUUCAUCUCAAGAUGACUCUAAACCAUCUCAGAGGCAAUUUACUAUCCUCACUUUUAAUGAUUUAAUAUCAUCUGCUGUUCCCAUGACACCUGAAGAUCCUUCAUUUUGGGACUGUUUUUGUUUCACGGAGGAAAUUCCAAUACGAAAUGGUACACAAUCAUGAUAUCAUAACAAGAUAAAAUAAAAAAUAAUUUUCCAUAUUCACAGAAAAAUAGAUGCCUGGUAGUAGAAACUUUUAAUUCAAAAAAUGAUCUCGAAAAGCUCAACACUUUUCC